AUAUUUCAUGUGUGAAAAUCACAGUUAUUAAAAUUAUAAAAUUAAUAUUAUGGUUUAUAUAGUUUUUUAUAUGUUUGCGACGUAUACAAAAAUUUAAAACAUGAAAAUUUUAUGACAAAGCUGCACCUGACUGUUCGGUUCUUUAUAUCUUUCUUAAUCAUAUUUAUAUUUUUGACAGACGAUGUGCAACAGUAUGUUCGUCUACCCGUUGCUUCAAAAUAAUGAGUAACUGUUGUGUAUUGUAGCUACAAUUAUUAUUGUAUAGAUUAACCUUAAAAUUAUUUUGUGUUUUGUAUACAACCUUAUAUGAUGUGGCCUCAAGAAUAUAUAGAAUUAAAGCAUAUAGAAAAUUUGCUGAUUUGCGGAAUAUGCUAUGAAUUCAUGGAUACAUCUGUUAUGACAUCAUGCUCUCAUAACUAUUGUUCUUUAUGUAUCAGAAAGUAUUUACAUUACAAAACUCAAUGUCCUGUGUGCUUUGCAGAAACUUUUGAAAAGGAUUUAAGGAAAAAUAAAAGUCUAGAUGAGAUUAUAGCACACUUUUCACAAAUUAAAGAUAAAUUAAAAAGAUCUUUACAAAUUCAGAUUCAAUUCACAAAAUUUAAUGAAGCUGAUGAUGUUUCUAAUUCACCAAAAUCAUUGCUUCAAAAUAAGAGUGCAUAUAUAAAUGGACAAGAAAAUAAAGUUAUAUAUAGUAAAAUUAUUAAUAAUGUUCCUACUUCUCAAAGUAAUACUUCACCAUCUACACAUGUACAAAAAGAUUUAUCUAGUCCUAGUACAAGUGGAAUACCUAGAAUACCUUUAAUGUUCACACCUAAAAGUAAUAAACGUCCAAUUAUAACAAAUACAGAAGAAACCAAGAUUGUUAUAUGUCCAGUAUGUAAGGUUACCAUUUCAGAAUUAAAAAUAAACAGACAUCUUGAUGAUUGUUUAAAAAGGGAAUCUGUGAAAGAGAAACCUCAAAUAAUAGAAUCGAAACGUAAACCGCUGCCAAAGUUAGUAUUUAGUUUAAUGAAAGAUGCUGUAUUAAAAAAGAAAGCAAAGGAAUUUGGUUUGUCUUUACAAGGAGAUCGGAAAGCUUUAGAAACACGACUACAGAGAUAUAUUGUUCUUUAUAAUGCAGAAUGUGACAAACUAAAUCCACGACCAGUCACAGAAUUAGUAAAACAAUGUGAAGAUGAAGAGAACCUAGAAAAAAAAGUUAACAAAACAUCCUUUCUAAAUAAAUUACAAGUUACUAAAAACACAGAAGAAAAUGCUAUAGAAGAUGAACGAAGAAAAUAUUUGGAAACGCACAAAAAUAGCUUUGACAGUCUAAUUAAUAAGAUCAAAAGUGUACAAUCUUCACAAAAGCCAUCAGCACGGCGUAGUUUGUUAAUGACAAGUACAGAACGUAAUGAGGAUGUUUCACCAAAACGUCAAAUGAUGAGUGAAAAUUUGAAUGAUUCAAUGAUACAUACAGAACAAACUGAUCUUAAGCUGUCAAAUUCUGAUGCAUAUAUUCCAGAUUCUGAUUCAGAUACUUCUUGUCCAUUACAAAUGUACUCUAGUAUUGAUCCAAACAAAUUUCUUACUGUAGAAUUAUCUUCUGAUAAUAAUGUUUUGGGUAAUAAAUCUGAGAAUGAUGAAACAAAUGAUGAUCAAAAAGCAUCUAUAUUUAAUUAUUCAUCUAUGAAAAUAAAUGAGGCAGAGAAAAGUAACAGUUCAGAUGCGUUUAGUGAUACAUCUAUUCAUGAUAAAAUAACAGAAUCAGAAAUGAAAAAUUCAUCUUAUAAGAAUACAUUAAAAAGUAAUUUGAAAAAUUCACCUAAUACUUCCAAAUAUAAGAAAUUGCUACAAAGAAGAAAGAAAUCAUCUUUAAAAAAUGAAGUGGAACAGACAGAGUCUGCUUCUACAAGUAUGAAAUGUCUUGAUUCUGAUAGCAUUUCAGAUCAAAAGGAAGAAGGAGAUGAAAGAUCAAAAUCUAUCUUGCAAGAUAUUGCAUGUGAUUUAUCAAGUAAUGAUAGUAUUGACAGUAAAUUUAAUCAUGGAAAAUUACGUUCUAUUAACCUUGGAUUUUUAGAUACUAAAGUAAUUAGUCCUUCAAAUUUGGAGAAAGAAAAUAUAAUUUCUUCUCCUGAAUGCAGUAAAAAUGGUUCUAAUCGAAAAAGAACUCGCGAUUUGAUACAAACUGAUAAUAAUCUCAUGUCAAAUAACAUGAAAAAAGUUAAAAAAUCGUCUAUGUGCUCCACGAUUGAGACCAAAGAAUUAAGUAAUGAAGAGUCUUCAUAUGCUUUAAAUGAUGAAAAAAUGGAAUAUGCACUGAAUAAAUCACGAUUGAGAAAACGAUUGUUAAAUGUUACAGAAAAUACCAACGUCGUAAGAAAAUCUGCUAGAAUAAAGCUUAAAGAAAAUAAAUCAUAAAAAUAAAAUCAAUUUUUUACAAAUUGCUUCAAUUAUUGUAUAUUUAGCAAAUUUAUACAUCAUUUAUCGCCUUUAAUAUGUAAAAAUAAGUAAUAUCUAGUUUUACUUUAUUAACGUACAAAAAGUUAAAAAAAAUAUAUGUAAAUAGUUUCAAAAUUAUUGUAUUUUCUGAUUUGUUUCAUAGGAACUAAUUUAAACACCUAAUAAUGUUUACAAUGUAAUUGUUUCUUUGCAUUAAUUUAUUUUGUACUUGACUUUAUUAUAUAUUAGAUAUUUAAUUACAAGUAUAUUUUAUUUACGCUGUUUAGUAUCAAAUAUAAAAGAAAGUAGUCAUGUAUAUUUUAUUAUAUCUUUUAAUAUUCACGUCUACAAUUUUACUUUCCUUUUCUCUUGCAUAAAAUGUAAUGAUUUAGCACAAAUAAGUAUAUUGGAAAAAAUACAAAAUUAUUUAUCAAAGACACCAAAUUUUAUUGAAUAUAUUACAGUAUUUUGAUCAGAAAGGGAUCAACAAUGGUAAAAUGAUGACAACCACAUAAAAUUUUACAUCCCACCUUUGUAUAGAUAUUAACAAUAAUAUUAGAAGCCUAACUUACUUAACACUAAAAUAGCUGUCUUUGACAUUGUUUACGCAUAAAAUAUGUGUCUUUGUUAUGUAUUUUAUUUCUCAUACACUUUGGUAUCAUUUAUACAUAUAAUCUUAUGUACAUUUUAUGUAUAUAUUUUCUAAUAUAGUUUUUUUUUCUACAUAAUAGAACUUUAAAAGCUUCUAACAUUCUAAUGGAACAACUAUCACAUUCAUGAAACACUUUAUUUUUAAUUCUUUCGUAAAGAUACUGUUAUAAUUUUAUGAUGAUGAUGAUUUAUUUAUUACAUUGAAUCUUAUAUGUGUAUAUGUAUUGUUUUUUUUCUCCUAAAUAAAUAUAAGCGCAAUAUUAAUAGGAAUGAAAUUUUCUUUAAAGGUUCUAAGUGGGUUGCGCUAAUAGUUAUAUAUCCUUUGACAUUAAAUGUUAUUCAUAUUUGGCAGUGUUUCUGAAACUAUUUUUUGCGAGGCCAAAAUUUUAAUAUUUGUGAACUUCAUGUUUUUAUAAAUUUCAUUUUUAUAAAUACUAUAUCUAAUAACAUUUUGUUUAGAUAUAGUUAAUUUUUUUAUGUUCUAUUACAUGUAGCUUUAUUAACAAACUAUUAAUAUAUCCUUUAAUUCAGCGAAUAAGCUACAUUGUAAUAUAUAUCAUAUAAUUUUUUUGACUUGCAUUUUAAACUUAUCAUAUGUUACAUCUUUUUUUUUAUAUGUAAUUUACUUUGUUUCAUAUACUUUAAUAUUUCAAAAAUAACUUCUUUUUUUAAAAUAUUUUCAUUGCCUUAUUAUUUUCUAACAAAAUUAUAGAUUUAGAUUGUUAGAGAUUCUGGUAAUAUUAUAUACUACACUAUUGAGUAGUUUAUUGAUUUAUGUAAUUGGUUUUUUGACGGUUACGCAUAAAAUGUUUGAGAACCACUGCUGUAUGGUAUGGCAUCAGGCGAGGUAGUUACUCAACGUUUACUACACUCCUAAAUAUACUACAAGCAUGUUUAGUUUCCCUGUGUAUAGAAAUCCAUAAUACAUAUUCUUAAAGAACAUAACAAAUGUACAUAUAUAUACAAGAAGAAUAUUUCUAAAUAUACAAUUUCUAAAUA